UUUAACCCAAGGCACGAGGCCCAGCCUGCCCCCUGCCUCAGUCUCCACACCGGCCUCCGACCCACCGACCACUGCAGCAGCCCCCGACCCCACCGGCUGAAGGCAAUGCUGUGUAUCUCUGUCUUAAUUGCUCUGUAGCUAAGGUGGUACUCGGAAGAAAGACAUGUCGGUGGUGGAAUAUCUAAAACCAGAAAGUAAACCUGAAGAUACUGACUCCCGGAAGAAAAAGGAACACGUUGUGGAUAUUGAGGCGAGCAAAGAGGAGUUGACCACCAAGACUGAUGCCGAGAAUAAAAGGAAGUCCUUUUUCAAGAUCAAGUCCUCUUCUAGUUUUAGAGCAUCUAUAUCCGCCUGGCAUAACUUCCAGAAUAAAGUGAGACCCAGUUUUGAUGUCAAGUCCUCUGUUAAUAUUAGAGCUUCAAUAGGCACCUGGCAUGAAUUUCAGAAGAAAAUGUCAUCCCUUUUAAGGGUUGAUGAUGGAGUUGAUCAAGAAUCGGACACCUGGUGUCAAAAUCUUAAGGGAAGAAUUAGACCUUGUGUAAUGUCCUUUCCAUACAGAAUAUUUGGAGUCUCGCUGAUCUUUGUGGAUGUUGCUUUGCUGAUUGUAAUCUUAGUGACAACCAGCAAAAGCAUAAGGAUUCCCUUCGCAUACCGGGUCGUGUCUCUACUGAUCGCUCUUUUUUUCCUUUUUGAUGUUCUCCUUCGAAUCUUUGCCGAAGGAUUCCGAAAUUACUUUUCCAUCAAACUAAACAUUUUGGAUGCAUUCAUUGUUGUUGGCACUCUGAUGAUUGAUAUUGUUUACAUUUAUGUUAAUACUGGGGGAGUUAAGCAGAUCCCCAGGUUAGCAAUCCUCCUUCGCCCUCUGAGAAUUAUCAUUUUGAUCAGAAUUUUUCGCCUCGCCGUUCAGAAGAAACAACUUGAAAAGGUGACCAGGAGGAUGGUUUCUGAAAAUAAAAGACGCUUUCAGAAGGAUGGAUUUGACCUGGACCUCACCUAUGUUACUGCUCGUAUUAUUGCAAUGUCGUUCCCAUCUUCAGGAAAGCAGUCUUUCUACAGGAAUCCCAUUGGGGAAGUUGUGAGAUUUCUGGAUACCAAACAUGGAAACCACUAUAAAGUCUACAACUUGUGCAGUGAAAAAGACUAUGACCCUAAAUACUUCCAUUACCGAGUGGAAAGGAUCUUUAUCGAUGACCACAACGUCCCCUCUCUAAACGAGAUCCUGAAGUUCACUGCCAGUGUACGUGACUGGAUGCAGCUGGAUAAACAGAACAUUAUUGUAGUCCACUGUAAAGGAGGCAAAGGUAGGACUGGAACUAUGGUCUGUAUCUGGCUUAUUGCCAGCAACCAAUUUACAAGUGCACAGGAUAGCCUGAAGUAUUUUGCAGAGAGACGAACAGAUAAAGGAAGUGGUUCUAAAUAUCAGGGAGUUGAAACUCCUUCCCAGAGUAGAUAUGUUGGCUAUUUUGAGGUCAUAAAGAACAAGUACAAGUGGAAUCUCCCAGCAAAGAACCCGCUGAAGAUUAAAACUAUCAAAAUCUUUUCAAUUCAAGGGGUGGGAAAGGGUAAUGGAAGCGAUCUGGAAAUCGAGAUAAUACUACGAAAGCAAGUUGUUUUCCACUGCGAGUGUCAGUCUUCCAUAAACUGUAAGUUGUUUCACGAUGUUGACGCAAACUCAGUCAUAAUCGGUUUGGAAGGCUGCCCGGUUCUGUGUGGGGAUGUCAAAGUAAAAUUUCUAUCCAGUUCGGAGCUUCCCAAGUUGUAUGAUGACUGCCCAUUCUUCUUUUGGUUCAACACAGCUUUUGUGGAAAACAAGAGGCUUUAUUUGCCAAGAAGCCAGCUGGAUAAUCCUCAUAAGGCCAAAACAUGGAAAAUAUACCAAGAAGACUUUGCAGUGGAAUUACUCUUUAAGGAACCAGAACCCAAUUGCUAAAGUCUACGUAAGCUUCAUUACCCCUCCUCCAGAGAACCCUACUCCAUUGCAUCGGACACUGUUUCUUUCUGGUGCCCCUGUCUGUUACCCGUGUCAGGCACGUGAACUCAAUUAAACACUCCAAGUGAACUAGCA